UGCAGCGUCCACAGUGGCCCGGCCACAACCAUCUAUGCCUCCAACAAGGGCUGCCGGUGCUCGGUCUGCCGGCCCAGCACCUGCCCACACCUGAUCUGCCUCCUCCAGCCCACCUGCUGCGCCCCAUGCCCCCCACCCUGCUGUCAGCCCGACACCUUCAUGCCCUCCUGCUGGCUGCUCAGCUCCUGCCACCAGACCCCUGGCCUGAGUGGGAUCUCCCUGAUGACCCACACUCAGCCUUGAAGCGAAGGGCCCUGCGGGCCCUGCUGCUGACAGCCACGUCUCCACAGACGCCAGCGAGGGGCUAUACCAUGUCCUACAUCAUCUGGGUGCCGCAUCCACUGCCGCCCAAGUCGCUGCCCACUGCGCAAGGACAUCCAAAAGCCUUCACGCGUUCAGUGCUGUGCUCCUUGCUGUGUUCUACUCUCCUGGGUGUAGAGACCUCUC